CCUGAAACACAAGUGACCACUGUGUCAUGAUGUAUUUAAGAGAUCUGAGCCACAUACAGAAAACCACUCAGAGAAAACUAGAGAAAAGUUUAACAGGUUUAUUCAGGAGUUCAAAGGGUUGGAUUCGGGGAAACUCAGAGAGCUGGUGAACCGGAACUGGAAGUGAGAAGGGAAGUUCACAGAGGUUAGUUCAGGGUCCAUGGGAACUUUGAACGACGUCUUGCAAACACAGAGAUAAAUGGGACUCACGAUUGCGGAGAAUGGUUUCUUUCCUGAAUCCAGUCAGUGUGGGUUUUUCCAGAGAUUGAGGGGCUCGUUGGAGGAAGGACAGGUUUUUUGGUGUGGUUGGUUCCUGAGGGGCAAUGGAGCAGACUGCCACUUAGAUCUCCUGGAGAACUUGAACGGGACGUGUGGAGAUGAAUCCCCUGCUCAGUGUGAAGCACAAACAAUCCUUCCAGAGGGAGAAGGCCAAACAUCCAGUUUGCAGAAUGACUUCCUGCCGAAAGGAAAAAGACAAAGUCACGUUAGACUCAGAGAGACAAAAACUCAGUUAGACUCGGCUAAACUCAGCUUGGCUAGAGUACCCAAAACUGGCAAACACUCUGGCAUCGAAGUAGUGGCAGUCCACCGCUUAAGAAGUCCUCAGUAUCGAGCUACCAACCAGCCGCAGGUGUGUGGGAGGACCAAUGAGAACAGGGCGCCACCUGGUGGUGGAGGGGAAAAAACACAAAAGCACAACCCACACAGACUGGAUUCCUAACACGCUGAAACAGAGUCAUGCUUUCCUAAUAUGUGCAAAUUCCUCAAAGAGUUUGGGACAAUGAAAGAGAAACAAGAAACUAUGGAAACAAGCAUAAAUGAGAAGCAAGAAGCUCUGGAAACAAGGCUGAAGGAGACUGAAAAACUGGUUCUGGAACUGAAGAAGAAAGGUAAAGCUCUUUCUGAAUUUAUUGACAAUGUAUUUUUGAACAGAUGCAGUUCAGCUUUUUUUCGUAUCUAUUUAGAAGCACAAAAGGUUGUAUUUAGUGCCGCAGCAGGGGGAAGUGUAGCUAUUGGGCCUUUUACUACAGAUUCAACCAUAAUCUACAGAACAGUGAUAACAAAUAUGGGCAAUGUUUACAAUCAGCACACAGGUGAGUUAACUUAUAUUUGUAAUGACAUAUUGGUAAGGCACAUAUGUGACACUGAUUGGCAGAGAGGAGCAGCGAUGUGGACUGUACCGCAGAGUUUCCGCAAGAUUAGGGGCAGUACAGAGCACAUAGUGACCAUUCAGCCCUUAUACAGCAUCACCAGUGCACACUUGCUGGAAUUGGCCUUUGGGUGUAUUUUUGCUGCGUCUGUUGCAGGUACAUAUUACUCCACCUUCUUUUAUCAUGCCGGAGGAUCACAAGUUUUAAGUCUAGCCCUUAUGAAGAACAAUGAGGGUAUUGUGACUGCCUACGACCAUAAGACAUAUCAUGAUGGGGUUGAUAAUGGAGGAAAUGCAGCAUUUCUGCAACUGCAGCAAGGAGACCAUGUCUAUAUGCGGUUGGGUGCUAAUACUCAUGUCUGGUCGGACAGCCAUAUCACUACAUUCAGUGGGAUUCUUCUGCAUUCACCCUGAA